AUGGAUGAGAAGCCUUCCACCAGGAAAAUUCCCGAAUUCUGUUCAUUACGCUAUGGACUGGCUCUCAUCAUGCACUUCUCAAACUUUACCGUGAUAACCCAGCGUGUGAGUCUGAGCAUUGCAAUCAUUGCCAUGGUGAAUAGCACUCAGCAGCCUGGUUUAUUCAAUGCCUCCACAGAAAGACCUCUUGCAUUCACCCUCAAUCACUCCAACAGAUCCACCAAGGAAUUUAAUUCAGGAGCCUCUGUAUAUGAAUGGAGCCCAGAGACUCAAGGUAUCAUCUUUAGCUCCAUCAGCUAUGGGAUAAUACUGACUCUGAUCCCAAGUGGCUAUUUAGCAGGGAUAUUUGGAGCAAAGCAGAUGCUUGGUGCUGGUUUGCUGAUCUCCUCCCUUCUCACCCUCUUUACACCACUGGCUGCUGACUUUGGAGUGAUUCUGGUUAUUGUGAUUCGGACAGUCCAGGGCAUGGCCCAGGGAAUGGCAUGGACAGGUCAGUUUACAAUUUGGGCAAAAUGGGCUCCUCCACUUGAACGAAGCAAGCUCACCAGCAUUGCGGGAUCAGGGGCAGCAUUUGGGUCCUUCAUCAUCCUCUGUGUGGGGGGACUAAUCUCACAGGCAUUGGGCUGGCCUUUUAUCUUCUACAUCUUUGGUAGCAUUGGCUGCGUCUGCUGUCUCCUGUGGUUCAUGGUGAUUUAUGAUGACCCCAUGCAUCACCCAUGCAUAAGCGUCAGGGAAAAGGACCACAUCGUGUCUUCACUGGCUCAACAGUCCAGUUCUCCUAGACGAUCUGUCCCCAUAAAGGCUAUGAUCAGAUGCCUACCACUUUGGGCCAUUUUCAUGGGUUUUUUCAGCCAUUUCUGGUUAUGCACCAUAAUCAUAACUUACCUACCAACGUACAUCAGUUCUGUGCUCCAUGUCAACAUCAGAGAUAGUGGGGUUCUGUCCUCCCUGCCUUUUAUUGCUGCCUCAAGUUGUACGAUUCUAGGAGGUCAGUUGGCAGAUUUCCUCCUGUCCAGGAAUCUUCUCAGAUUAAUCACCGUCCGAAAACUCUUUUCAUCCCUAGGGCUCCUCCUUCCGUCGCUGUGUGCUGUUGCCCUGCCUUUUGUGGCUUCCAGUUACACAACAACUAUUAUUUUGCUGAUACUUAUUCCUGGGACCAGCAAUCUGUGUGAUUCAGGAUUCAUCAUCAACACCUUAGAUGUCGCUCCCAGGUAUGCAAGUUUCCUCAUGGGAAUCUCAAGGGGAUUUGGGCUCAUCGCAGGAAUCAUCUCUUCCACUGCCACCGGAUUCCUUAUCAGUCAGGAUUCUGUGUCUGGAUGGAGGAAUGUCUUUUUCCUUGCUGCUGCUGUCAACAUGUUUGGCCUGGUUUUUUACCUCACAUUUGGACAAGCAGAAAUCCAGCACUGGGCCAAAGAGAGGACUCUUACCCGUCUCUGA